AUGUCACCCGAAAGAUUUGAACAUCUUUUAUCGAUGAUUGGACCAAAAAUACGGAAAAAAUUUUGCCCAAGUAGAGAACCGAUAACACCUGCUGAGCGAUUAAUAGUAACACUUCGUUAUUUGGCCACAAGCGAAUCCCUACAAACGCAGUCAUUUUACUUUCGUAUUGGCAGAACGACGGUAUGUAAUAUCAUAAGUGAAACUACUCGAGCUAUAUGGGAUAGUUUGAUGCCGAUAUACUUAAAGUCGCCAGACACUAUCGAAGAAUGGAGAACCAUUGCUUUUGAAUUUGAAAAAGAAUGGAACUAUACUAACUGUGUAGGGGCAAUAUGCAAUGCCAAGUACUGUUUCACGAUGGUCGAUAUAGGAAGUUAUGGCAGAGAUAACAAUGCGUCUAUAUUCAAUGAAAGUGAAAUAUACAACGCUUUUCAAAAUAAUUUAUUAAAUCUUCCUAAACAUAAAACAACAUCAUCGAAAUCGAAACUUGAGAUGACAUUUUCGGUUUGA